UCUGCAACAACAACAACCGUUAGCAAGCAUGGCAACGGCCGACGCGCCCGCGGCUGCCAUGGCCCGCCUCACCACCGACUUCUCAGAUUCCACGGCGCUGUCCCGACACCAGCAGAUCCACGCGCGCCUCGAGCUCGAGAUCCUCGACGUGCGAGAAGAGGUUGCGCGGUUGAAGGGCGAGUUGCGGCGUGACCAGGAUCCCGCGCGUAUGGGCGUCAUCCAGAAGCAGAUUGCGCACCUCAUGCAGCAGAUCAACGCGAUCCGGGAGAAGGCGGCCGAGGCUGAGGCCAUCGUCAAGAGCAUUACGCAGGACGUGCAGCGGCUCGAUGUCGCCAAGCGCAACCUUACGCGGACGAUGCAGACGCUCGAACGGUGGAGCAUGCUAAAACACGCACAUCGGCAGCUGAAGGAGCUGAUCCCUACCAAGCGAUAUCGCGACAUGGCUAGCUCACUUUCGGCAGUGGUGCAACUCUUCGAGCCACUCAAGCCACUGACUACCAUUUCUGAGGUCGCCGAUGUCUUCCGCGCCGCCGAGGCGGACCGCCGCACCGUUCAGGAGAUGGUCAAUACCGAGAUGGAGACAUUCUUCCGUAACGACCCAAACCACCCGCCCGACCUGCGCGUCGUGACGGAGGCGGCGCUGGUCGUCGACGUGCUGGGCGGUGACUACCGCAAGCAUAUUAUCGAGCGCUACAUCACCCUCCAGCUUGCCGAGUACCGCCGGAUCUUCCGGAGUACCGACGAGGCUGGGCAAUUGGAUAACGUCCCUCGCCGAUAUGCGUGGUUCCGCCGCGUGCUCAAGCAUCACGACGACGAGAAUGCUGCGCUCUUCCCUGCCGGCUGGGAGGUGACGCGUUUGCUCGUGGCGAGCUUUGCCGAGCAAACGCGAGUGGACCUCGCCAAUGUCCUUGGGCGCGGGGUGGGAGACGUCAAUGUCUUCCUGGAUGCGUUGCAAGCGACGCUCGACUUUGAGGCUGCGUUUGCGCGCCGCUUCAACAUUCCUUUCCAAGACGUCACGGCUGGAGGGUUGAACUCGUCCUCAAAUACGAAAUGGACCAUCUCGUCCAUCUUUGACUCACAUUUCGGGACAUACGUGGACGCGCAGGACAAAGCACUGGCAGAGAUGAUGUCGCAGUACCGUGGCGCGCGUUCGCGUAGCAGCCUCGAGGGAACGCUGCAGGAGACAGAGAAUGCUGGUCCAACGAUUCUGCCAUCGUCAACCGAGCUGUUCUACUUCUACGGGCAGACGUUGGAACAGUGCAGCAAGUACACUAAUGGCGAACCGGUGGCCAAACUCGCACGUAUUUUUGCGAAAUGGCUCAAGAUCUACAACGAUGAAGUCCUCCUCGCGGCGCUGAAGAGGGAGCCCGCGAUCCGACGCUCACUGGAAGGUCGGUCAAGUCUGGCCGAUGUCAAGACUGCGUGCAUGGUGCUCAACACGGCCGAGUACUGCGCCAACACCUCGAUGCAGCUCGAGGACCGCUUGAAGGACAAGGUCAAGGAUGAAUUGCGCGAGUCGAUCGGGUUCUCCGACGAACGCGACGCCUUCACUGCCACCAAGGCUCAGUGCAUUGCCACGAUGCUGCGUGAACUCGAGACGGCGUGCGAUCCCGCGUUUGCAGCAAUCCUCAAGACGCCGUGGCGCGAUCUUGAGAACGUGUCUGGGCGUUCCGCGUACAUUGUCGAUCUGGUGGGCAGCAUCAAGGAGGUCGCCGAGUGCGUGCGCACUCGCAUCGAGAGCAAAAAGUACAUCCGCAACUUCGCCGACAAGGCUGUAGGGUUGGUCAUCGCGCGCUUCACCCAGGCCGUCAUCAAGAGCAGGCCGCUCAAGAAGAUUGGCGCCGAGCAAAUCCUUCUCGAUGUGCAGGCCGUCAAGGCGUGUCUUCUGGACCUCCCAGAACCACACCCUGAAAACUCGAGCAACGGAUACACAAAAUAUGUCACCAAGAACACGGGGCAGCUCGAAACGAUGCUCAAGGUCAUCCUCGCGCCCGACGACCCGCCCGAGGGCUUCGUGCAGAACUACUGCCUCCUUAUCGGGGACCGGUCGUUCACAAACUUCCAGAAGAUCCUCGACCUCAAGGGCACAGCUCGCGCAGACCAGCAGAAGCUCGUUGACAUCUUCCUCUCAGUGACGGGCACCAAGGACGACUUGGCAGACACAUCGUUCCUCACUGGUCUGGACAUGGAUCCCGGGAACGAGCGGGCGCAGCAUGCGCCUCAGUCGCCCGCGAUACAGAACCUCGGGACGGGCAGCGUGCUCCCGUCCCUCCUGUCGCGGAGCAGCACCGACUACUCCCCAGAUGGGAGUCGCGCAGAUACGCCCAAGGCGUUUGGCGAUUUCCGGCGUUUCGUCUCGACGUUCGGCAAGCGCGACGGGUACAUGUAGUCAUAGUCUAUGGCCAUGCAUGGUGUGGCCGGGUA